AAUCAAACCCAGAUGGCAACGGACGCAGCUUGCUUGACGUGCGAAUCGUACUGCAUUCUUUCAGCAAUAUGUUGACCUUGCAAUACGCCAAGAAGCUGGGCUCCAUCACCAUAGCACCUCGUACAAGACCGAGGCUUGGAACCGGAAAUGCGCAUUCCACACUACGCCCUCUCACUGCUCAUCGUUGCCCUGUCGACCGGCUUUCAUUUCUCUGUCGGUAUGGUACACUGGUUCACGAGCAUAUCAGCUGCACAGACCACGCCGGCGAGUCGGCUAGUCGACCUACGUGGGCGCGAGGCCAUAGCGAGCCGGUCGCUGAGCCGUAGGGAGUCCACAUUCGCGUUGUACCUUAGCAUUCACCUCUGCCUGAUUCCUGCAUUCACCGAUCCGCAUGCACACAAUCUACCUGUAGUAACAUUCCUCUCACGCUCCUUGUGGUGCUUUGCGCGCGCGCUGACUUGGAUCGCUCUCACAUCAUCAUCACGACAGGCGCGUCAGAUGGGCAAGGUGGGUGACGAAUGUAUUUCGGAUACAGAUGAUGAGCUUGAAAUGUCGGUAAAGGGAGGGCGCAGCCAGAGUCGUGGCCGUGUGUCAGCGAACCGGUGAGGGCAAGGCAAACGCUUUUGAGGUGGUGAAUCGUGACUGUACGUGAUCAAUGAAGGCAAGGCGACGAGGCUUUUUGCAACACAGCAGAAUAGAUUUGCGCACG